CAAGCAUGAAGAACUGGAGAAUGGAACAACUGGAUGUGUCAAAUGCCUUUUUACAUGGGGAUCUAAAAGUGGUAGUGUACGUUAAAAAAACCUCUGGGACUAAAGGUGCAAUCAGUGUAAAAUCAGAAGAUGACUUGAAGGCUUAAGAAAUCUCUUUAUGGUUUGAAACAGGCUUCCAGACCGUGGUUUGCUAAACUGACCAAUUUCUGGUUGAAGGUUGGAUUUUCACAGUCAGCAUCUGACUACUCAUUGUUCAACAAGUGGAGACAUGGAAGAAUUACAGUCUUACUAGUCUAUUUGGAAGACAUAAUUAUUGGUGGUGAUGCACAAAAGGAUGUAGAUCAUAUUAAGAUUGCAUUGAGAAAGGAAUUCAAGGUAAAGCUUCUGGGACCACUUAAGUACUUCCUUGGUCUGGAGGUAAGCACGGAUCAAAAUGGUCUGAAUGUCUGCCAAAGGAAGUAUUAUGUUGACCUAUUAAAAAGGAUACAUACUAUCUGGAAUCUAAGGAAUGCAAAACUCCAGUUGAUGCUAAGGUUAAACUGAGUUCCAAAGGAACAUUAAUGAAAGAUGGGGAAGUUUAUAGAAGACUGGUUGGUAGGCUUCACUAUAUUACCAUAACAAGACCAAAAUAGUGUUUGCAAUACAACAAUUGUGUUAGUACCAGAAAAACUCUUGUAAUGAACAUAUGCAGGUUGCUUACAAGGUUUUAAUGUAUCUCAAGUCUGCACCAGAUCAGGAGAUUCACUUUGGAAGUGUAGUAGAAGCAAAGGUGACAGAGUAUAGUGAUUCAGACUGUGCUAGUUGUUCAGACACACAUCGAUCCAUCACAAGCUAUUGCACCUUCCUUGGGUCAUCACUCUUUACUUGGAAAAUAAAGAAGCAAACCACAGUGUCGAGAUCAACUUUUGAAGUAGAGUGUAGAGCUCUCGCGCACUUGGUAUGUGAAAUUGAAUGGUUAAAAAGACUCCUUUCAGAACUGACAGUUCAAAUUCCCUUGACUAUACUUGUGUAUUGUGACGACAGGUUAGCUAUCUAUUUACCAGAGAACCUUGUUUUUUAUGAAAGAACAAACCAUAUAACGAUCGAUAUGCAGGUUACAAGGGAAAGAAUUAAAACUGGGUUGAUCAAGUUGAAGCAUGUUGGCACAGCUGAUCAGUUAGUAAACAUCUUCACUAAGAGAUUGGAUCGAUUCAGAAUGAGAGAGAUUCUUGACAAGUUGGGGAUUAUAGGAGCACCACCAACUUGAAGGGGGAUGACAGAUUUGAGCUGCAGGAAGAUACAAUCCUGAUGCAUCAUGGAUUGGAAGCACGACAACAUUUUGUAGAAGAAGAAAACUGCCUGAAGAAUGAAAGGAGAAAUGACAACGUUUAUUUUAUUUACUUAGUCAUUAAUUUUCACUGUUUAUUUAAAUUAAUAGCCUAUCAUGUAAGGACACGUGGAUCAGUUUGUUAAUGAUCAUUGUAGCUAUAAAAGCUAUAGAUAGAUGACUCAGUUUUCUGCUGAGCUUUCCUCUCCAAAAUCAAUCUUUUUACAAAAUUGUCACCGAUGGAUGGAUAUCGGUGACCAUGAGAAGGCAAUGAAAACGGUAUCAAGAGAAAUGGAUGGGUGCCUUCAAUAAUGGGGAAAAGGUUAAGCGAAUAUGUGGACGAGUCCUUCGUGCUCUAGGGCUUCGAUUAGGAUGUUAGCGCUCUUUCUAGCCUGGUCGACGACAAAGCAGGAGGUGAAGGGGGCGGUGGAGGUGGUUGUGGUGUCGACGAUGGCGGCGGCAGAAGGAGGGGGAUUUGGGGAUGUUUUCGUUGGGAUUGUUGUAGUAGCGGAGGGUAGAGGAGGAGACAACGAUGGUGGUGAGGCGCAGGGUGUGAUGACGGAGGUGGUGGUCGAAGGAUGUGAGUGAAAUGGUUGUUUGAAGGGGAAUGAGAGAUUUGGAGGUGAAUAUUUUAGCAUAUUAAAAAAUUAAAUUUUUAAUUGUCAUGUCACAUAUUUAAAAGUUAAUUAUGAGAAUUCCUCAUGUAAGCUAAAAUUAAAGGAAGAGAGUGACCAUAGAUGAAUGAGAAUAUAAAAUUAAGGGUAAAUAAAAUUUAAUAUCCAAA